AUGCUUCUCCUGCUGCUGCUGCUGCUGCUGCUGCUGCUGCUGCUGCUGCUGCUGCUGCCCCCGCUGGCCAUGUUCUGGCAGCAGAGGUGUCGGGAUGCCAGGCCAUCCUGGCUGCUCAGCCUCCAGCACCGGAUGGCCUGGGGGGCACUGGGCUUGGCAGCUGCCUGGCAGCAGCGGAAACUGAAGCAGAGGACACUGUGUGUGGACCAGAGCCAGCAGCAGACCCUCAUGUGGUGUCUGAAGAGAGUUCGGGGUCUCUGCUCUCUCCCCAAGGAGAACACAGGGGAUGUGCUUACAGACAUGAGAUCCUUCCGGAAUCACCUCCCAUUGACCAAAAGCAGCCACACCCAGGAAGAAGAAAGUGAAGAGAAGCUCCUGCCCCCUACCUUACCCCAAUACCAUGGAGAGGCCUCUCUGCAGGCCACCCUGCUGGGUCUAGUAACCCUAAACAAGGCCUACCCAAAAGUGCUGGCUCCAGGAAGUACUGCCUGUGUGACCCCUACAUCCCCCUGGCCCUACUCUGUGCCCUGGCUCGGGGAUGCCCUGGGCCGGGUGAGCCCUGUGGGAGCCAAGGACGCCCGGACCCUGCUGUUGGAGGCAUUGAUAGCCCCAGGGCUGAGGGUGCUGGAGGCAAGGACUGCAGUGGAGCUCCUAGACGUCUUUGUGGGCCUGGAGGCUGACGGCAAAGAACUGGCGGAGGCCAUGGCAGCUGGGGAGCUAGGAACGCCGCUUCCCGGACGAGCAGCCGAACUGCAAGAGGCCCUCGAGCAGGGACCCCGAGGACUGGCCCUUCGUCUCUGGCCAAAGCUGCAGGUGGUGGUGACUCUCGAUGCAGGAGGCCAAGCAGAAGCUGUGUCUGCCCUUCGGGCCUUGUGGUGCCAAGGGCUAGCCUUCUUCUCCCCUGCUUAUGCUGCCGCCAGAGGGGUAUUGGCCCUAAACCUGUGGCCAGAGCAACCCCAAGGAGUCUAUCUUCUGUCCCCUGAACCCCCCUUUAUUGAGCUGCUUCCAAUCAAGGAAGGAACCCAAGAGGAGGCAGCCUCCACCCUCCUUCUUACUGAUGCCCAAAGGGAAGGAGAGUAUGAGCUGGUGCUGACUGACCAUACCAACCUGACAAGGUGCCGCCUGGGUGACGUGGUACAGGUGGUUGGUGCCUACAAUCAGUGUCCUGUUGUCAGGUUCACCGGCAGGCUGGGACAGACCCUGAGUGUUCGAGGAGAAGUUACUGGUGAGAAUCUGUUCUCUGUGGCCCUGGCCCAAGCAGUGGGGCAGUGGCCAGGGGCCAAGCUGUUGGACCAUGUCUGUGUGGAGAGCAGCAUUCUGGACUCCUGUGACGGUUCCGCCCCACACUACGAGGUGUUCGUGGAGCUGAGGGGGUUGAGGAAUCUGUCCGAAGAAAACCGAGACAAGCUUGACCACUGCCUUCAAGAUACCUCCCCUCACUACAAGUCCUUGCGGUUUCGGGGCAGUGUGGGUCCUGCCAGAGUCCAUCUGGUGGGGCCAGGCAGCUUUAAAGAACUCCGGGAAGCACUGGCGGCCAGCCCCUCCUCUCCCUUCCCUCCUGAAAUGCCUCGGGUUCUCAGGCUCAGGCACCUGGCCCAGCUCCUGCAGAAGAGGGUGAUAUCCUAACCAGGGCAGCCAGGCUCCCCUUGGCCACCUCGCUGUUCUCUGUGGCAUCUCCGGAUGUUGAGUCCUGGACCAGAUAUCAUAUAAUAUUGGCCCAUCAGAGCCAUUGGAACUUAGGGAGGCCUUAGACUCAUUUGGCAAGUUUUAAGGUGCAGGCUUUGGGCCUACAGCAGAACCCGUCUGUGUCCUAAAGCUGUCCCCCUCAGCCUACCGUACGUGAUGCUGCUGAGGAGUUCCGAUGCACCCUGGUGGCUUGCUGUGUCUCAGCCCCUCUCGUGUACCUGACCAGGGUACAGCAUGGGCUGAAAGUGUAGGGGAUGCUCCAGGAGCAAAUGAAUAAAGACCUCAGCAUCACUGUCUCAUGGUCUGAGGUGUAUCUUGCACAGUCUCCUGAAAGCAUGAGUCUGCGGUCCACAGUCCACAGGAACAGUCCAGUGUUUAAUACUCGCACUAGCUUUCGCCCCUUCCUUCAGUUCCUUUCCCUUGCCCACUCUGUCAUUUUGCUCCCUGAACCAACCUCCAAAUAAACUUCUUUUUUUAAA